ACGGCCACAUCAAAACUGGGGUCUAGCGUGUGACCCUGUUCUUUUUGUCGUACUGUAGAAUAUAUUUAAUUUCUGGGAAACUUAAGCUUUGUGUAAUAUAAAAUUUAGUAAAUUUUUGUGUUAUUAGUGAGUAAAAAAUGGAACGUGCGACAGGAACAGAAGUUUUCGGGUGUGGUUCAACCCAUUCGUCAGACAUAACGCUAAAUAUACAAACGACGACUGGUGGUAAUUUCUCCAUUAGUGUAAACUGCAAAAACUCUAUUGAUCAUUUGAAAAAACUUGUGUCAAGGAAAUUGAAAGUGUCCAAAGAACGAUUAUGUUUAUUAUAUCGUGAAAGACAACUAAUAGAUGGAACUCUAGAAGAGAAUGGUCUAUUAGAUGGAUCACGCAUUAUAUUACUUCCGAGUGUUGAGACUGGUCUCCUGAGUCAAAGAUCUGAGAACUCAGUGAUGCAAGCAUUGGAAACACUAAAUGAUAACCAAGUGAAUGACUUUCUAAGUGGAAGAUCACCUUUAAACCUUACAAUGAGGCUGGGUGAUCAUAUGAUGUUGAUACAGUUGCAACUUUCAACCCUGAACUCUAGCUCAGCAUCAUCAAGUAUCAACCGUUCAUUAAAAACUUCAACACCACUUAAAGUUUCCAAAGAAGAGUCAUCAGAUGAACCAGUAAUUUCUCAAAUGCCUUGUAGUAGUCAUAAUACUGGCAUUGUAAAUGAAAAUGGCCCUGUUGAUGACCUAUGCAUAUCUUCCGGAUUGGACAAACAAGACUUGGAUUUGUUGCAUAACGCAUUUGACUUAUAUCGAACAAUGGCUGAAGCUGAGAAAUAUGCACAAAAGGUUGACUCAAGUCCAGAUAAAGAAGAUGUGUUAAGUUCCUCCAAUUGUACACUCUCAGAUUUGACUGACACAUCUGUUGAAAGUGAACAGUCUCCAAUCAAAUCACUAUCAAACUUAGUAUCUAGUCCCCUACAUUCUACCUCUGAUAACCAGGAUGUUAAGGCAAUUGCCAACUCUGUGAAAAACAGUUUGUUAGACCUACUUUCUAAUAAAUCAACAAAUGAUGUAGCACCCUCAACUAGUGCUUCAUGUGACAAAAAAGUAUCACCAGACACACAGACAACUGGAUCAGUCAGUGAUGAUGAUGGUGAACACUUUGCUGAACAAAGCUCUUUCCUUACUGAGAGUACAAUAGACGAAUACCCUAUGGAAAAUUUAUUUAACAAUGCCGUUGACAAAGGUUUAUUUACCGAUCAGGAUGAAACAAUGAUGGAUAGAGAAAUAUCAAAUUUGGCCACAACCAGCCAUGGAACACAUGAGUCUACUCCGGGGUCAUUGCCACCGUUCCAGAGCAUUAGUGAAAUAUCAAAAAAUAAACGUUUUCAGUAUUUACUACACAAAACAUCAAAGUUUAAACAUCCUAUUGGACAGAAUAAGCAAAAGGCGUUCAUCAAUACAGUGAACAAAAAUAAGAAAAGUUUAAGCCAAUCAAAUUUAGACUCAACUCUACCACAACCAUCUACCUCAAAGGCAGAGGCCCAAUCAACUAAUUCUACCAAAAAACUUGCAGCCAGCAGCCAGACUGAUAUCAGUGCUAUACCAUCAACUUCGCAACAAAACUCUGAAGAAAACCCUGUUAUAGAUUCCAAAGCCCUUAAGGAAGCUUCCCGAAGUCUCACUCAUAAGUUGAGAAAAUUAUCGAAGGAAGUAUUGACAAAGAAGAUAGAUCUUAAAACAUUGGAACAAUCUGUUAGGUCAAAAAUUAGCCCAGGUGCUGUGAUUGAAUCAAUGAAACAUCAUGGACGAGGAAUCUAUUCGGGGACAUUUUCCGGAACACUUAACCCUGCUUUGCAAGACAGAUUUGGCAGACCGAAAAGGGAUAUAUCCACAAUAAUUCACAUUUUGAAUGAUUUGCUGUGUGCUACACCACCGCUGAUACCGAAAGAAGUGAAACACACUUGCCCACACACGAGUAUAAACUUGGGUUCAGGUGACAACAAGAAAUGUCCGAUCUGCAUUCAAGCGUCAUGCUCGUGUGGCCAGUGUAACGGUCACUUACCGUCCGGCUCCAGGAAGUCUUGCACAUGUAACAAGGAUUGUCAGUGUAAUAGAUUGAAUCCACCAUUGUGCCAGAGCUGUGAAGCUAAAGGUGACCUCAAGGAACUCUGUCCUAAAUGUACAACAGCUAGGACUUUUGCUAUAGAGAAUACAAAGACUAAAUGUAAAUUGGAACAACUUAAACUGGUGAUGCAACAGAAAAAGGAAAGACGCGAGGCUCGCAAAAUGAAAACAUUGCCGUAUGCAACUCCAACUAAACCUAUACCCACCCCCGAACAGGAAGAGAUUGGAACUACUGCUUAGAUUCUUUCCAUAAUUGUAAGCUUAAUUAAGUAUGUAAUAUUGGAAUUCUAAACUAUGGUUGAGGAGCAGAAAUAAUUAUGGAGAGCCUCCUGCCUUUUACGGGGAACUUUUCAAGAUGUGUGAGGUGGCAGGUGUUAACAAACAAAGAGAUGUAGUGAUGUCCGGAAUUACUUCUGCUCCCGACUUGAGUUAAUAUAACUAAAUACCACCUACCAUAGAGAGCUCAUGAUAUCUUUUGCUAGUUGCUAAUUAACUAAAUUAUUGUAGGGUACCAUUAGUGACAACACUGUAUUACAUCACAUUAAACUAUUCUAAAUACUGUGUUAAAGCUAUUUCGGUUAUGUAAAUGUUAAGGGUUAUGCAUGUACAAAUAAAUAUGUAAUUAGUGAAUUGUUAGUUGAUAGUGUAAAGUAUUGACUCCUCUGAUUGUUGCCUGGCGCCCGGAGCUGUUGACUGCUUUUUGUUGUUAUAUUUAAUUAUUCUAUCACUUUUUAGAAAUUUGUUUACUAUUUUCGUUUUUGAUGUCUGUUAUUUGAAGUUCAUUUUUCGUAAUCUAUGACUUGUAUUGUUUCCUCUAAAAUGUAGAACUAGGGAGUAAAAAGUUUAUAAUUUAUUCUGGCAUGAAAUUGAAAACUUAUUUUUUCAUAUUUCAAUUAUUUUGUCCUCCGUGUUCUAUAUACUUGCGUUGUUAUUUUUAUUUGUUUAAUUUUCCAAUAAAUAUUUCCACAUUCACCUUAUUGGCUAUUGUUUUCUUAUAAAAUAUAAUAAUCCUCAUAUUAAAAUAAUUAGUAUAAUACAGCUUUGUAUAAUCAGGGAUAGAUGUAAUAUUUCAGUAGUGCUUGGACUAUUAUAACCUAUUUCUAUAUUAUAUUGAACCAAUAAACAUAAAUUAUUAGGAAGUAGGUAUCUUAAUAGUGUUUAAUGAUAACCCACAACUUAGUACUCAGUCAUAAUUAUUUACUGGGGCAGAUAUUUUUAUUGUAAACCAUAAUAUUAACUAUUUUAUUCAUGAAUUACUAUCGAUACAUGCAGGUUUUAUAUAAUUUUUAUCGCACACGCGAAUGCCUUAAGAUAUAUAUUUGGUAGAUAUUAUGUACAAAUAUAAUAUCUAUCGUUACUUAAUUUAUCUCAAUAAGCUGAUUUCUGUUCCGAAUAUCAAAGAGGUGAGCUGGAAAAUAUUCCAUGGGAAACCUUUAAGUGCCUAUUGAUGUUUAGAAAAAUUAUUAUUGUGCCAUAAUGGUCGGAAUGGGUUAUUUUAGGGCACUUUAUGUAGCCAACUUAUAUUGAAUGCAGAGAAAUAGCUUGAUCAGAAAUAUCAAUAACUUUAAAUUUACCCUUUUAAAUUGAAAAUAUUUCAACCAAUAAUAUUUACAGUAUCAGUGUUUGAUGUAUAUUUCUGGUCAAGUUAUGUAAAUAUAUUUGUUACCAUACUAUCUUCGAUUAAUUUGUUAAAAUAUUUAAUUAAUUCAUUAUAUUGUUAGGCUAAUCGUUUUCCAAUUGUUUUCUGUAUUUCAAACUUAUAGAUGGAAUAAAAUUAUGCAAUCAUA